AUGGAAUGGGAAUAAGUAUUAGAGAGUAUCUCGAUAAAGGAAAAAUGGACUAAAAACUUGAAUAAGGAUAUUCCUCUUUUUAUGCAAAAUAAUUCAAAUAUUGAUAUAAAGAGAAUAGUACUAGAUCAGCCAUUAUCUAAUCUCAAGCAUAUGGAAAACUGGGGCAGCAUAAAUAAUAUGAGACUUAUUAAGUGUGAUGAAAAUGAAUUUCUAGCGAUAGUUGACAUGAAUGGUCAAGGUCGAAUGUUAUUCUUAAAUAAUCUAGAUAGAGAUCCAAUGAAAUUUAGUAAUAUUAAUGUGUAAAAAGAUGAUAACUCUACUUGGAGUAUCGAUGGUUCUUAGUAGUUACCUCCAAGAAUUGUAGUUGGUUCAAACACUUAUCAAUGCACAGUAUAUGAUAUGCAAAGUAAUGAAUAUUAGACAAUAAAUGCUCAUUCUCAUAAUGUACCUUGUGUAAGUUUUUCACCUUGUGGAAAAUUUUUUGCAAGCACAAGUAUUGACAAGACUCUGAGAGUUUGGGAGGAAAGAUAAAUUGAAAAAGAUGGAGGAAUUAAAUAAUUCUAUAGAUGUGCUAAGUAGAGUAUACCUAGUAAUGACUGGGGUUGGGCAGUGUAGUGGAUCAAUAAGAAUUCUUGUGAUUUAAUCAUCCAAAAUAAUCAUAAGUAAUUGGAAAAGCCAUAAGUAAAUAAUAGCAAUGUACAGAAGCAAGCUAAUUAAGCGGUAAAUGAUUUACUAAGAGGAGUACAAUUAAGACAUUUAUAAACUGCAACGAUAGGUGAGACUAAUCAAUAUUAAUAUCAAGAUGAAUUGCUAGAAGAGUAUCCUGAUUAGCUCCAGCAAUAAUAAUAAAGCAGAGAUUAAGGUUUAGACAGUGAAAGUAGUGAUGGUGAUAUGGCAGAAGAAAUCUUUAGUACAGCUGUUGUGUAUGAUUAACCAGUUGAAAUAGGAACAGAAACAUCAAAUGAACAACUAUUAGAUAAAUACAUUUUACUUCAUUGUGCCAAAUUAGAAUUUUCUAUGAUUGAUGUAUCUAGUGGGAAAUAUUUCGCAGAUUCAGCUUAGGAUAUCCGAUACCAAAAAAAUUCUCAAGAUUACAUGAGAACCAUAAUGAAAUAGCAAAUUUAAAAUCAAAUGUAUUUUGAAGAAUUGGAACUUAAUCAAGUUAUCAAUAUGAGGAAUUAUUCAAGAUAUCUUUUUCUAGAAUUUAUUGAGGAAUUUUCCUUGAUUUUGGUGGGUAAUUAAGGUUCUUAUGACUUGCAUUUGUUCAAAUUAAUUAACACUCUUGACAAUUAAUAAGUUAGUAAGUUUAAACUUUAAAGAGAAUAUGUUUACAAAGAAUUUACAUCCUAGACUCUUCGAGUAAUCUAAAUAUACUAGAGAUAAGGCAUUCUUAAAUAGGAUAAAAUGGAUUGA